UAAAAAGAGACAGCAACUGAACUGAAACUGAAACGAACAAGACAAUUAAGAAAAAAUAAAUCCUUGUCCAAAAAAUAGUCAACAGUUGACCUGUGACGUUGCUGGGGGAAAGAGUGUUUGUGUUCAGUGAAAUUGUAAAUAAAUAAAAGAAAACUUUAAAGUGAAAAAUAAUGCAACAAAGGGACAAUUAAUAAGCCGGAUGUCAACGACUGUUGGGGCUCAUUCCGGGGCCGGUCCCCUGAGCCUGAUGUCUUGCGUGCGCGAGUCUUCGCCCCUGCAAGACUACGAGACCGACAUUGAGAAAAACGUGGUUUCGAAACGAAAAUUCUGGAACCCGAAAAAGUGGUUCAGGAAAAAACAGAAAACCGGCGACGAUGCCGCCGGGGUGCAUCACUUGCACCAGCACCAGGAUGUCGUCCGGGAUCAGGACGGUUCUCGUAGCCGGUCUACUGGAGAACUGUCCACCGACGAGGAACCUACCAGAAGUCUUGAAGUCCGAAAUUCAGCAAACAUGAAUCCAGGACUUAGCGUUUCUCACGACAGCGUCUUUCACCCUCUCAAUUCUUCGGAUUUGGAAUUGGACGGGGCUCAAAGUUCCUCGUCACUGUCGAUAUCUCAACCUUUAGGUGAUGCUAAAUUACAGACUGAAUUGAGCUCGAGGCUCAGAUUGAGAAGAGGCAGAGGCGAUACUAGUGAAGACGAUGAAGGUUUGCCUCAAAGUCCGCCUUACGGUUCGCCGGCAGCCGUUACGGAUUCGUUUCUCAUACUCGAAAAGACUGCUCAUAAUAAGGAUCUUCCAACAAAAUCGCACAGUACCUGCAGCGAUGGCUCAUUGCUCAGCAUGGACGGCUCAGAAAUGGACGAGGAUUCGUUCGGAUUACAGUCUGGACACUCAAGCAAAGUGUCCUUGACUGAAAAAGAAUCUGAUUUGGAAUUAUUGGGUCCUAGUUUUUCUACGGUACCUUUGAAUCACAGUGCUGCCCAUCACAGGGUUUCAGUGAGACCGAAACGGACUUAUGGGGCUCCUAGGAGAAAAAAAGGACAGCUAUCAUCAGCAUUGCCAGCAACCCCAGAAGUUAACGAAGAUUCGUCCAUUAGAAGCAUGUCACCAGAAAGCAUUACCACAGAGCCAAUAACCGAGCUUUCGCGCCGCCACCAGACGCUAAUCUCGCACGAGGUCAAAUUAAAAUGUAAUUCUUUGCCAGUCGGUGCCACUCCGCCCACUUCCGAGUCGCUCAGGCUGAUCCGGAGCAAAUCCAAUGCGGGAAAGAGUCAGGACGAUACCGUUCUCGAUGGACCAGAACGUGAAGAGAAGCUGUCAUUGUUUGAGCGACUUUUUCCAAGACGGAGCGCAAAAAAAAAGAAGAAGGAUGCUGUUGUUGUUGUUGAUGGUAAAUCCCAUAAACGUGAAGAAAUCAAACCAAUUGCUGCACCUCGUUUAUUGGGAGCGGCUUCCAGACAAAGAAUCCAGCCAAUGGAUAUUAUUGACGUGCCAUCUCCUCAAGAAGAUAUCAGAAGCAAAAUCAAAAUUGCAGGCCUGUCUUCGUUGCAGCAGAAAAUAUUGAGCCACACAGAGGAGCCUGUUAAAGUUAACAGGCCUCUAUCUAAAUCGCACAGCUUUAAAAAUCAAACCGAAGACGAUGAAAGAGUUUCUGUGCCAAAAGCUGCUUCACUGGACAGCGUCAAGAAUUUAGAAGAACCUCUAUUGAAAUCUGAAUUGACGUUAACUUUAAGGCCUGCAAAAUGUGUGGAACAAGAAUUGGAAGUAGAAGAAAUUGAGGUUGUGCCUGAAAAAAGCCCUUUAUGUGAUGAUGUUGAGCCGAAAUCUUUUAUUACAAUAUCAGGGCCCAGUCAUACAGCCAUAGUGAAUAUUUCUAGUAAAUCUGAAGAAUUCAAGACUGUUACUAGAAUUCAAUUGACAACGCAAAUUCCAGAAUUUAUAAAUAAACAACUGAAUAAGGUUGAAGCUAGGCCUACAAGUAAUAUAGUGUUUUCCAUGAAAAGUCCCACUAAAAUGCUUCCGAGAAAAUUCAGCAAGGAAGAUGUUGAGAUUAUUGAAAAAGAGUCACCAACAGCUAAGCUUAGGUUCAAAAAAAAUGACUCCAAACCGCCAUCAUCAUUACGUAAAUCUUCUAUCACACCUGAUUGUGAUUCUCCUCCAAUUAUAAAAGAUAGGGCUUUAAAAGCUCGCUCUAUUUCGUUAGACUCAUUAAAAAGUGAAGAAAAUAUUUCACAAGACAAAAGCUCAAACGAUGGAGUGGUUUUAAGAAGAAAAUCCUUUGCCAAACAAAAAAAUGAAGAGGAACCAGAACUGAUGAAGGUGUUUGCCAGGAGGUCUUUGAAACUAAAAGACAGCGAUGUUGAUCAGAUUCAGGAAAAAUUAACAACUGACGAUACUGAUAAAGAAAACACCAAAAUUGAACCUGAAAUUAUUAUUGAAAACGUUAAAGUUUUCAAACAACCACUAGUUGAAAUCAAAAAAUCACCAUCAGAUUUUGUCAAAAAUGUUGCCAAAGAGGAACCCGAGGUUCAACUAAGACGCGGCUUCAAUAACAAUAUAUUUUUAGCCUCGCAAAGGGCCACAAGUCUGAAUACCAGCAACACAAAAACCGAGUUUCACAUUAAAAAACAAGCAUCCCUCAAUGAACGCCAGUGGAUCAAGGUUGAAGAUGUGGAGGAAAAAAAAGAUUUGGAUGAAAUAAUCAACACGAAAGUGGAAGAGGUCAGGACGGAGACGAAGAAUUUCAGUCAGCGCAGGGCCGAAUGGGAGAAAAGAGUGCAACAAGCGCAGAAAUAGGUUUAUUUUUUUGUAAAAUUCUUAUUCGACCUAAAACUACUGGAGCUCCUCCUUCCUCCCCCUUACAUUAGUCAAUGAUUGUGAUAGUAUUUAGCACUUAGGACCACUUAAAAAAAAAAACACCAUUUGGAAGCUUACAAUUCAAAAGAUUUGUGGCUCUUCAGUCCUAAAGGAAAACGAAUAACUCUAUUUUUACACCCUUGGAAUUCUCUGUGAUUUGUAUGAAUUUAUUGACAGGGUUUGAUUGAUGUAUAGAGGCCUUAAGCAUCAAGCAACUGGUUAUGGUUGAAGAAUGUUUCAACUUGUAUAUAAUAUAGCAUUUAUUAUAAGACUCCUUAGGUUUUAAGAGUACACACCCUGUAGAUAUUUUUUUAGAUAAGUGCCUUGUUUUUAUCUAUAUUUAGUCUUUUCAGUAUAGUGUUUUAACCCCCCCCCCCCCCCCCCCCCAAAAGAAUGUGAUGAAAAAAGAGAAAAGAGAAAACAUAUUUAUUAUAAGUCACGCUUGCCUUUUUAAAUAAAGAUAGAAUUUUCCUGGUGCUUGAAAGAUUGAAAGAGUAUUGAUAUUAUUAUUAAAUUUGUUAAAAUAAGAAAAGGCCCAUCCCCAAUCCUGCUCCCCCCUUUUUCAAUAACGCAAUAUUGUCCUUGUAUAAAAAAGAAAUAAAUGUUUAUUCUAAUAAAAACUUCCCAAAAAAAGAACGGACUUAAUUUGAAUUACCC